AUGACCAACCCAAGACAUCCAGACUACGAGACCGGGAUCACGGAUGAGGCGGCAAUCGAAGGCCACGACCUGAUUGCGCGAGCUGAGGAGGAGGAAGAGAGAAUGCAUCCCGAUAAGCCUGAGCCGGCGAUGCCCGCAGUGGGCCAUCCAGCUGAGGGCCAAGCCAAACACGGGAAGAAGGAAUCAACAAUGGAAAAGGUCAAGCACGCGUUGCACUUGGACAAGUAG